AUGGAUAGCUAUUUGUCUCACUCCAUGUUCAUGCGCUUGCUUUUUCUUCUCUCAAUAUUGUUCCUUGUUUUACUCACGGGCUCUUUGUCUUCUCUGCAGCCACUUUGUCAUGAAGAUGAGAGAUCAGCCUUGUUGCAAUUCAAGGAUAGUUUUAUCAUAAACAUGUCUGCUUCUUAUGACCCUUCUGCGUAUCCUAAAGUUGCAUCAUGGACUCUAGAAGGAGGGAACAGUGAUUGUUGCUCAUGGGACGGGGUUGAGUGCAAUGAGGAAGCAGGUCAUGUGAUUGGCCUUCACCUUAAUAGCAGCUUUCUCUAUGGUUCUAUUAACUCCAGCAACGGCCUCUUCCGCCUUCUUCAACUUCAAAGGCUUAAUCUUGCUGAUAAUCACUUCAUUGGCUCUCAAAUCCCAUUUGGAGUUGGCAAUCUUUUGAGGCUAACCUAUCUCAACCUCUCCCUCUCCAUGUUUUCUGGACAAAUCCCCUCAGAGCUUUCACACAUCUCCAAGUUGUCUUCCCUCGAUCUCUCUGGUCACAUCCCUUCCUUGUCAGGUUACCUAACCCACCUAACUUUUCUAGACCUUGGACACAACAACUUAGAAGGCACCAUUCCAAACUCAUUCUCUGAACUCAAGAGUGUUAUGACUCUUGGCUUUAGAGAAAAUAACUUGAGCGGGAUGCUAGAGUUUGACAUGUUUCUUAAGAUCAAAAGUUUAAGUGUCCUUGUGUUAUCAUCCAACAAUUUAACAUUGCUAACCAAAGCCAAUUCAAACGAUACUCUUCCACAGUUUCACACUCUAUCAUUGGGUUCUUGCAACUUACGUAAGUUCCCAGAUUUCUUACGCACCCAAAACAAAUUGAGUUGGCUUGAGAUGCAACAAAACUAUAUUCAAGGCCUAGUACCCAAAUGGUUGUAUAAUAUUAGUAUAAAAACUUUUCGAGCUAUAAUCCUUUCUGACAAUUUUCUAAUCGGCUUUGAACAAUCUCCACUUGUUCUCCAAUGGUCUAAGCUAGAAAUUUUAGAUCUGGAUAGUAACAGCCUCCAAGGAUCACUACCCAUCCCACAACCAUCUAUCAAGAUUUAUCACGUCCAAAAUAACUUGAUAAGAGAAAUGUCAUCGUUGAUUUGCAAUCUGAGUUCACUUUAUGUACUUGAUUUGUCCUAUAACAACUUGAGAGGCAACCUUCAUCCAUGUUUUGGAAACUUGAGUUCUCGUUUGUCAGCACUUCAACUACGAAGCAACAACUUCCAUGGCACCAUCCCAAAAACAUGGGUAGAGGGGAGCAGCUUAGAGAUGAUUGACUUAAGUGAAAACCAAUUCCAAGGCCAGCUACCAAGAUCAAUGGCUAACUGUAUGAUGUUAGAGUACCUUCAUGUUGGUAACAAUCAAAUCAAUGAUACCUUUCCCUUUUGGUUGGGAAAUCUUUCUCGGUUGAAGGUUCUCGUCCUCAGUUCUAAUGCAUUCCUUGGUGCAAUAAAGAAUCCUGAAAUCAAUUAUACAUUCUCAGGUUUGCAUAUCAUUGAUAUUUCUAAAAAUAGUUUCUCUGGAUAUUUGCCCGCUGAGUAUUUCCUACAUUGGAAUGCCAUGAAAGUUGUUGGUGCAAAUGAUCACUUGAUAUACAUGGAGCUAGGGUUUUCUGGAGACGGGUGGAGUUCAAGUGUCCAAUUCUCAGAUACACUGACAAACAAAGGGAUAGAGUUGGAGUAUGAUCAAAUUCAAGAUGUGUUCAAGAAUAGUUCAUUUAGAGGUAAUCCAGGAUUGUGUGGAAAUCCAUUAUUAAAGAAAUGUGGAGAUUUCAAGUACACACCAACUCCACCUUCUCCUUUUGAAGAGAAUCGAAGCUCUGAGUCUCCAUUUCAUUUUGGGUGGAAAGUAGUUGCUAUAGGGUAUGGAUGUGGAUUUGUGAUAGGAGUUGUUAUUGGGCAAAUUGUGAUUACAAGGAAGUAUGAUUGGUUUGUGAAGAUUUUUGGAAAGAUGUAG